UACGGCAACCCCAUAAUCGACAUAACAGAAAAUUCCCAGUACGGCAUAAAAAGAACAAGGCCUCCCGCUUCAAAGAAAUUCUCCAAGCACCGUCACUCCCUGCCGCGUUCGGUUCUUUCCCACGGUUCCCGUACCCUCAGAUUCAUCAGGUCAAGUUAUCGUCCGCAUCAGUGAACGAAUCCUCCGUGCUAGCUCUUCUUCAGAUCGGAUUUUUUCCACACUUAAAAGGUUGAUUUGCCCAGAAUUUUUGUAAUAAAUAUUGUGUGGGAAAUCGUGGAUCUUUUAUCAUGGGAGCUGUAGAAAAUGCCUUAGACAACAGAGAACAUCGACUACCAGGAGAAGCAGUGGAGAUUUUAAAAUCAUUGGCUGCCAAUUGGGAUGUACAUGACCCAAAUGAGUUGCAGGUUAUCCGUCUUAAGGGUGCAAUGACAAAUCAGGUUUUCCAAAUAAAGUGGCCCACGAAGACGGAGGAUGUAUCGAGAAAAGUUAUUGUUAGGAUCUAUGGGGAGGGUGUGGAAGUGUUCUUUGAUCGAGAUGAUGAGAUCCGGACAUUUGAGUUCAUGUCAAAGCAUGGGCAGGGACCUCGUCUUCUUGGUCGGUUCCCGAAUGGGCGUAUUGAAGAGUUCAUCCGUGCUCGGACACUAUCAGCAUCUGAUCUGCUUGACCCAGAAAUAUCUGCUCUUAUAGCGUCUAAAAUGAAGGAGUUUCAUGAUCUUGAUAUGCCAGGUCCAAAGAAUGUCUGCCUGUGGGAGAGAUUACGAAAUUGGAUUCGUGUGGCUAAGAGUUUGUCUCUCCCUGAAGAAGCAGAAGCCUUUUGUUUGGAUAAAAUAGAAGAGGAGAUCCCUAUAUUGGAGAAGGAGUUUUCACGGGCUUAUCAAUGUAUAGGUUUUUGCCACAAUGAUUUGCAGUAUGGCAACAUAAUGAUUGAUGAAGUGACCAAUUCUAUAACCAUCAUUGAUUAUGAGUAUGCAAGUUAUAAUCCUGUUGCGUUUGACAUAGCAAAUCAUUUUUGUGAGAUGGCUGCUGACUAUCAUACGGAAACACCUCAUAUUCUGGACUUCAGUAAAUAUCCUGGUUUGGAGGAGCGUCAAAGAUUUGUGCGCAUAUAUUUGAGUUAUUCAGGAAAUGAACCUAGUGACGAUGAAGUGGAGCUGUUGCUUCAAGAUGUUGAGAAGUAUACUCUAGUGAGCCAUCUUUUUUGGGGCUUAUGGGGAAUAAUAUCGGAACAUGUGAAUGAAAUCGACUUCGCUUACAUUGAAUAUGCAAGACAGAGGUUUCAACAAUACUGGUCAAGGAGGUCUGCUCUUUUGGGCUCUGAUGGAGCUUCCUCUGAAAGUGUGACUGAUGGCAGCUGUGCUACCUAGGUCUCUUUAUUGUGUAUAUACAGUUACUUUCAGGAACCAAAAACAUUUCAAGGAUCUCAAGUAUGAUGUUAAAACUUAAAACGUUAAAUUGGAAGAGUUAGCUGUUUUUGUCAUAUAUGCUCGCAUGUACGUAUGGCACGAUUUAGGCAUUUGAUUCAUUGCUUUUAGAGUUAUAAACAUGUCAUUUUUGUAUUUUCUUGCAAUGAAAUUUAUAUUUGAUGAA